UACAGUCGAACAAACAAAGUCGCAGCACUCGAGCAUCCUGAUACGGGUAUCGUCUCGUUUACGUUCGCCAUGAUGAUGCGACCUGCUUCUGUUACGGCUCCUAGCAGUCGUCGUCUUCGUCAAGGAAAGACUAUUUACCUCAUUGCUUGCAUCAUAUGUGAACUACAGGGCUUGAGUUUGGUAUUCCUCCAGUUUUACGGCGCUCACAGACUGAUGAAUCAUGAUGAGUUCAAUGAGAGUUAUGGUCAAUCCAUGGCCAACUACGGUUUCUGCCUUCCUCUGACAACAGGAUUGUUGCUCAUUUUUAAUUCAUCUCUGGCAAUCCUGAUUCAGUGGUUGGACAAGAGUGGCGCCACCUCUCUACCUUGGCUGAGAUCUUUGGUUGGGCCUUGGUUUAUAUUGACAGCUACUGUUGGAAUCGUGACAUUUGUAAUUGCAGUGAUACAAAGUGCAGCCAUCCUGCACGUCAGCAGUGCCUCAUCAGGAGAGAUGAUAACAACAGCUGCUCUAGCGUUGCUGAGUGCUGUGACCUCCUAUUGCCUGUCUUGCACUGCUUUCUUUGCUGGACAUGCUUGCUGCUACUGUGUGAGAAAUAAUCACACCCCGGCCAAUUAUAUUCAGAUGCAAACAAUAUAGGAGGGAGUCCUGAUUUGGUUGAUCGAAAGAAGAUACUCGAUACAUAACCGUUUGGUAGAAUGUGUAUAAUGGCAUUAAAUGGUAUUGAUACCUGCAUGGCCAAUUUGCUGACUGUUUUUGGUAGGCUACUCUGUACACAUGGUAUCUUGUUAUGAAUAAUUAACUUGCAGGAAUUUUUGGUAAGAGUACACUGUAAGAUCAUCAAUUUGUUUGUGAAUUAGUUUUAGUGCCUCUGCUGGAGUAUACGAAUGUUUGCUCAGAUUUUUCCCAC